AUGCCGAAAAAAGGAGGAAAGGAUACCAAAACGGAGGCGAAGGCUUCCAGAAGAACAAGAUCUCAAGCCAAGAUUGGGGAAUCGGAGAGAGAAGAGCCUGGCCCGAGCGAAGAAAAGAAAGCAAAGGUUGAUUCGCCCGAAGAACAGGAGGUCGAGAACGUUUUUGGCGUGACGUCAGAGGCUCAGGAACAUCUGAAUCAACAGAAUCAUGCACAGGAUCAAGAAGAUGACACAACCGAAGGACUGAAGGCGAAGAUUGUGAAGUUGGAAUUGGAACUGCAGGUCAGUAAAAUGCAUCUAUGCUGUCACGGUCCGACUACAACCAAGUCAAUUGAAUGAUUUCAGAAAGCAGAAAAGUCGAAGCGUGUUCUGUAUAAAGCCCUGGUUCGAGAGCGCAAUAUGAAUGGAGAGAAACCGUCGGUUUUGAUGGCCGAGGCCACCAAAUCAGGCCAUAACUUCUGCAAGCCGUUUAGCGCUCUUUCGUCCGACCAAAAACACGACAGAAUCCGUCUUCUGGUGGGGGUUGUAAAUGAAUUCGCGGACCCGAAGGGCACUUGUGAAGACCGUAAAGGAGAAGUUCAGGCCCUCAUGGAAGAGCUCCAAAGCCAUUUCGACACCGACGAGCAUGCAUUCCAAUGA